GCAGAGGCGCACGGUGCCAGAGCCAGGACCACUGGGAGUCUCUGCAAGCACAACAACCGCCGACACGCCGAGAAGAAGAACGAGUUUCUUUAUUUCUUUUCCACAGUGUGCGUGGGGGGGAGCAGGGCUAUGACACGCGUAUAAAGAGCCCCAAAGUACAGUGCUAACGCAGGCGGAUCUUUGUUUUAUUCCCCCCAAAAGAUGAGUAAAGACUCAAAGUGCCUGCGACAGCUCGGUGCGACUCUGCUCUUCCUAGUCCUGUGCGCCGAGGUGCAGCGAUCCGACUCUGCGGCUUGCCAUGGAUGUGCAGGAUCCAAAUGUGACUGCAGUGGAGUGAAAGGAGAAAAGGGUGAAAGGGGUUUCCCAGGUUUGACGGGACAGCCAGGCGUCCCAGGAUUCCCUGGACCAGAAGGACCAAUUGGGCCCAGAGGAGAGAAGGGAAGUGAUGGACCUCAAGGACCAGGUGGUCCAAAAGGAAUUAGAGGACCUCCAGGAACACCAGGAUUUCCAGGAACACCCGGACUUCCAGGUCUACCCGGGCAGGAUGGUCCGCCAGGUCCAAGAGGAGUGCCGGGUUGCAAUGGAACAAAGGGUGACAGGGGUUUCCCAGGAAGUCCAGGAAUCCCUGGGCAGCCAGGACUUCAAGGUCCACCUGGUCUGCCAGGACAAAAGGGAGACCCAGGUGAUGUUAUCUCCACCAAUCGUUUCGGACAGAAAGGAGCAGUGGGUUUACCCGGUUUGCCAGGAGGUCCUGGCCGACCUGGAUCUCCAGGUAUACAAGGUCCAGUAGGUCCCCCAGGACCCAGAGGCCUUGAGGGUCGUCCAGGUGCUCCUGGUCCACCCGGGCCUAAGGGGAAUAUGGGUUUGAAUUUCCAAGGACCCAAAGGAGAAAAGGGUGCACCAGGUUUGCAAGGACCUCCUGGUCCUCCAGGACAGGUUGGGGAGCAGACAAAGCCGGCUGAGACUGAAAUUCAGAGAGGAGACAAGGGCGACCAAGGACCUCCUGGCCCUCAAGGUGAUCCGGGUUUAACGGGACCUCCUGGUCCCUAUGGUGGGCAGAAAGGAGAAAAGGGAGAACCAGGAGAGCCGGGAAAACGAGGAAAACCUGGCAAAGAUGGUGAUCCUGGUUCUCCAGGAUACCCAGGGCCCUCUGGAGAGACAGGCCAGCCUGGUCUUCCAGGGAGGGAUGGUGAGACAGGACAAAAAGGUGAUCGUGGAUUCCCGGGUCCACCAGGGCAGGUGAUUGGUGGGCCAAUAGGGAAUCAGGUGGGGCCUAAAGGUGAACCUGGCUUACCUGGAACACCUGGACUCAAAGGAGACAGAGGAGUACAAGGUUUGACAGGCCCUCCAGGAGAACCGGGAUUCACAGGAACCGGUAGUGGGGGUUUUCCUGGACCUCAAGGUUUCCCAGGAGAGAGAGGUCAGAAGGGAGAGAGUGGCCCCCCAGGAAACUUUCUGCCAGGCCCCCCAGGUCGUGCAGGGUCUCCUGGAUCCCCUGGUCCGCCAGGGCCCCGUGGACUUCCAGGCACUUCCUCAGGUCAAGACUGCAUACCAGGACUUCCUGGGAUUCCUGGUGCACAAGGAGAAAGAGGUUUCCCUGGAGAGAUAGGACAGAGAGGUGAGAAAGGUGACACCUGUGUGAACUGCAUAGGAAGCGUCAAUCCCAUCCCUGGACCUCAAGGACCUCCAGGACCUCCUGGAUUUCCUGGACCUCCUGGCACCCAAGGUUUCAAGGGAGACACAGGUUUUCCAGGAACACCUGGCUCUGUCGGCCCCAGCGGUCCUCCUGGUGCUCAAGGUCCUCCCGGCCAAAAUGGAGAGAAGGGAGAUCCAGGGGAUCCCAUCAGAGUUAAUGGUUUGAGGGGAGAGAAGGGUGACACUGGCUUCCCUGGACCACCUGGUCUGCCCGGUCUGGACGGGGCGCCUGGUCGUGACGGAGCCCCUGGGCCUCCUGGGCCUAAAGGAGCUCCUGGCUCAUUGUUGGUGAAAGGAGAAAGAGGCCUCCCCGGUGAGCCAGGUUUCCCUGGUAAUCCAGGAGACAGGGGUCCCCCAGGUCUUCCUGGCUUUGGAAAUCCAGGACCUCGUGGAGAGAGAGGUAUCCAGGGUGUCUCAGGAAGACCAGGACCUGUUGGUGCACCAGGAACUAAGGGUGAACCUGGUCAGACAAUGACAGAGAAAGGGGGCAAAGGAGAAAGAGGUCGGGAUGGCGAGCCUGGGCAGCCUGGUUCACCAGGUGUACCAGGUCAGCCUGGACAGCCUGGUUUUCCCGGUUUAUCGGGAGCGAAGGGUGAACCCGGAAUCCCAGGCAUUGGACUGCCAGGACCUCCAGGACCAAAAGGAUUCCCGGGUGUUGGCGGGCAGCCAGGAGCCCCUGGAGGAUCAGGAAGACCAGGGAUAGAUGGACGUCCCGGUGAGCUGGGAUUUCCUGGACCAAAGGGUGAACCUGGUCUUGGACUUCCUGGUCCUCCUGGUUUAACGGGUGCACCAGGCCCUAAAGGUUCCAUUGGGCCUAAGGGAGAUCCUGGUUUCCCUGGUAACCCCGGUUUGUCAGGACGGCCUGGAGCUGACGGAGCUCCAGGAUUCAAAGGUGAGCCUGGUACACCUGGUACACCUGGAUCUCGUGGCCCCCCUGGACCCCCCUCUUUUGGUGGAACGGGCCCACCAGGUGUCCCGGGACCUCCGGGCCCAAUGGGACCACCAGGGCUGCCAGGAUCAGAUGGUCCAAAAGGAGACCCUGGCCCUCCAGGUCUAGACAUCCCAGGCCCACCAGGAGACCCAGGGGCUCCAGGUUUUCAAGGUCUUCCAGGUCCUAUUGGAACCCCAGGCCCACCUGGAGGACCUGGUCGCGAUGGUUUGCCUGGCUUGCCAGGUCAGAAAGGAGACAUAGGUCCCACUGGACCUCCAGGACCUACUGGAGGACCGGGAGCCCCAGGAGGACCCGGUGCUCCUGGAUUUAAAGGUGAACCAGGAUUUUCAGGUAGAGACGGCGGACCUGGUUCUCCUGGUGCUAAAGGAGAGAGGGGAGACAUGGGCCUCCAGGGACCGCCAGGACCCAGUGUUCCAUCGCAGCUCUUAAAGGGACAAAAAGGAGAUCCUGGACCUUCAGGUGGAACAGGUUUUCCGGGUCCAAAAGGUGCUACUGGUCUCCCUGGUGACCCUGGGUUUCCAGGAACAGACGGCAGUCCCGGCCGCCUUGGACCUCCAGGUCCUAAAGGAGAUUACGGUCGCCCAGGAGGUCCAGGUAUCCCUGGGUCUCCAGGACCUAAAGGCCAAAUGGGAGACAUGGGAAUCCCAGGACCACCAGGGCUGAAAGGUGUAUCAGGAGUGUCGGGUAUACCAGGAUCCCCAGGACAGCCAGGAUCACCUGGUAACCAAGGACCCAAAGGUGAGCCAGGUUCUGCUGGAGUCGGACCACCUGGACUAACCGGACAAAAGGGUGAUCCAGGCCUGCCAGGGUACCCAGGAAAUCCAGGCCUAAAAGGAAACCCAGGAUUACCAGGUCCCACAGGUGGGACGGGAAGACCAGGCGAUAAAGGUGACCCCGGACUCCCAGGAUUCCAAGGUCCUCCUGGUAUCCCCGGUCCUAAGGGUCUUGACGGUGUGCCCGGUACCCCAGGUAGCUCAGGAGCUCCAGGUAGACCAGGAGAGCCUGGUCCACAAGGACCGUCUGGCCCACCAGGAGAGAAAGGUCAGGCAGGUCGCGAUGGGAUUCCAGGACCAGCUGGAGUCAAAGGAGAAGCAGGAAUUCCAGGUUACGGUGGUCCAGGUCCUGCUGGAAGUCCAGGACUGCCAGGUAUCAAGGGAGACCCAGGUCCUCCUGGUGUUACCGGCAACCCUGGUUUUCCCGGCCCUAAAGGAGACCCAGGCUCACCUGGUGGCCCUGGUGAACAAGGUGCCCCUGGCUUUCCUGGGCCUGCUGGGCUGUCUCUGCCAGGCCCUAAAGGUGCCACAGGACCCCCUGGAUUACCUGGAAGAGCAGGCCCUGCAGGUCAGAUCAACAGCAUCCAGACUUCUCCAGCAUGUCUCUUACAGCAGCACUGACCGAGUUUAACGCCUCUCUGAUCAGUUUAGGAACAAAUUGAUGAUAAAUCACUGCAUCUCCUCUGUAUUUCC